AUGACAAACUUGCUUCUUGAUGUUGUUCAUAAAAUAAAUGCUGGUUUUGAGGAUCAUCACUAUGUACGAGCUGUUUUAUUAGAUUUUCAAAUGGCUUUUGAUAAUGUUAGUCAUCGAGGGUUGCUUUUUAAGUUGGAGAGGAAGGGCCAAGAGAGAGCACUGCAAUGGUUCGAGAGUUAUCUUACUGUACGAACCGUUCAAACAAUAUUAGAAAGUGUAGCGGCUAGUCCUGUGAAAAUUGAUAAAGGAGUUCCGCAAGGUUCGGUACUAGAUCCGCUACUCUUUGUAUUGUACAUUGGUGAUUUACCAUUAAAAAUUGAAAGCAUCAUUAGAUUGUAUGCUGAUGAUGCUCUUCUUAUUUGUCACCAAAAAGAUCCACUUGUCGCUACUGAGAUCUUGAAUAAAGUUCUUGAAUGA